GUGUCGAUGAAGAUGAGCCUGUUAAGUUUGUGACGAGCGUUUUGGUUUGGCUUUUUUUUAUUUUUUCCUAAAGAAAAUUGCCAAAUAAAAAAGUUGACACUCUGUUAAUUGAGAUGACAUGUGUCAACAAAUUAUUGGGGGAUAUGAGGGACACAGAAUUUGGGGACAGCGGAUCCGUUCCCGGUUUGCUCUGCACCCUUUGAAGUCUUGAACUCGAAAGGUAGGAGGACCAAGCAACCCGCGAUAUGCGGCCCAGGAUUCCUCUAAAGUAUGAAUCUUGAUUCUGGGCUCGACUGCUUCUGUCCGUAUCGGGUUAUGGUGGGUCCCGCAUCCGUCUUUCCAUUUCCAAGUUUCCAUGGGCAGUCUUCGUCUCUCCUCAAACCUCCACCACCACCAACCAUGGCCCAUUCAAUACCAACCCACCACAACGUAUGCCUCUCUCUCUCUCUCUCUCUCUCUCUCUCUCUCAUCUCUUCUAUUUAUAAAGCUAUAAAUAACCCAACAAGCUUCACACGUCUCAGCUGCUUCCUCUGAUUCUGAGAAGCUCUGUUUUGGGCGCUUGUGUACAACUUUUGACAAUCUCUAUCCUAAGUAACAAAAAUGAAUUUCACUUUGUGUUCGUCUUCUUCUGAGCUCAGAUAUCCUUUUGUUGAGGGGCUACCAUGCACAAACAAGAAUAUGCUAGAGUCUGAACUUUUUGUGAAAGUUGAUAAUUUCAAUAACAAGGACAAAAAUCGAGCAUCUAAUCAUGAUGCUAGAAAGCUGGUGAUGUCUAGCAAUUUGAUGCCUCAGCCUUUAAAAGGAUCCUAUGUGGGAAAGAAACACCUGCAGGAACCUGGUCAGAAGCUGGAAUUUGUGAGGACAUUGUUGAUUGACAACUAUGACAGCUACACAUACAACAUAUACCAGGAGCUGUCUGUCAUUAAUGGGUUGCCUCCUGUGGUGGUUCGAAAUGAUGAAUUGACAUGGAAAGACAUCUGCUAUUACUUGUAUGAAGAAAAUGCAUUUGAUAAUGUUGUUAUAUCACCUGGACCUGGUUCCCCAACAUGCCCAGCGGACAUAGGAAUAUGUCUUCAGGUGCUGCUUGACUGCUGGGAUAUCCCUAUUUUGGGUGUUUGUCUUGGACAUCAGGCUUUAGCUUAUGUGCACGGUUCUAAAGUUGUCCACGCAUCUGAACCAGUCCAUGGACGGUUGAGCGAAAUUGAGCACAAUGGGUGCAGACUUUUCAAUGACAUCCCUUCUGGCCACAACUCAGGAUUCAAGGUGGUGCGGUACCAUUCGCUUGUUGUAGAUGUUGAAUCACUCCCAGAUGAACUCAUUCCUAUAGCAUGGACUUCCUCCGUGGAUGCACUUUCUUUUCUUGAAACCCACAAGUCUGAUGUUCCCUCAGAGUUUGCUGCUGGAUCUUUUUCAACAAAAUUGAAAAAUGGAAGUUAUUCUCCGUUCAGCCAUUCUGGCAAACUGCAGAGCGAAAAGGUUCUCAUGGGCAUUAUGCAUUCUACAAGGCCUCAUUAUGGUUUGCAGUUCCAUCCAGAGAGUAUUGCAACCUUUCAUGGAAGGCAGAUAUUCAAGAAUUUUAGAGAGAUCACAGAGGAGUACUGGCGGAGUUCGAGGGCAUCCUUCCUCCAAGAACGGAAUUUUGAUUAUACAGCAUGCGUGCAGAUUCCCCAUGUUAGUCGACUGUUCACAGAAGUUCCUAGACAUAGGCAACUGGUAAAUAAUGCAGAUGGUCAACUAUAUAGGAAGGCUUUUAGAAGUAACUUAUUAAAGAACAGUGAAGGUAAUAGAAGUUGUUCUGGUAUGGUCGAUAUGGUUAACCUUUUGCAUCCAAGCAAUGGUGUUAAAUAUCUGAAGCUCAAAUGGAAGAGAUUUAAGAACUUGGCUGGUCAGGUUGGUGGAGCCAAAAAUAUAUUUUGUGAACUUUAUGGACAUCAUAAAGCUGAAAACACCUUUUGGUUGGACAGUUCAUCAAUAGAAAAGAGAAGAGCACGCUUUUCAUUUAUGGGAGGAAAAGGUGGAACUCUUUGGAAGCAAUUGACCUUUAAAUUGUCUGAUAGAAGUGAUAUGACUUUGAAAGGCAGAGGUUUUCUAUCUGUUGAGGAUGCUCAAGGCUCUACCAAAAGCACAUUUUUGGAAGAAGGUUUUCUUGACUUUUUGAAAAAGGAGCUCCUGUCAUUUUGCUAUGAUGAAAAGGAUUAUGAAGGACUUCCAUUUGACUUUCAUGGUGGAUAUAUUGGCUACAUGGGAUAUAGCCUUAAAGUUGAAUGUGGAGCAUUAUCUAAUCGCCACAAAUCCGGGACUCCAGAUGCUUGCUUUUUCUUUGCUGAUAAUCUUGUAGUUAUUGAUCACUGCUCCAACGAUGUUUAUGUACUGUCUAUAGAUGAAGGAUGCACAAGUAAGACACCAUGGUUGGAUGAUACAGAACAGAAGCUUCUCAGCUUAAAAACUUCUGCUACUACGGAGGGAGAGGAGCCAAAUUUACAGGCUUUAACAUCUUCACAAUGUCAAGCAAGUUUCCUUGCUGAUAAAUCAAGGGAGGAGUAUAUAAAAGAUGUUGACAAGUGUAUGGAAUACAUUAAAGAUGGUGAAAGCUAUGAAUUAUGUCUCACGACUCAGAUGAGAAAAAGAAUCGGGGAAAUGGACUCAUUGGGACUUUACCUUCACCUUAGAGAGAAAAACCCAGCACCAUAUGCUGCCUGGCUUAAUUUUGCAAAGGAAAACCUAUGCAUCUGCUGUUCUUCACCAGAGCGGUUUCUACGGUUGGAUAGAAAUGGUAUACUGGAAGCAAAGCCCAUUAAGGGUACUGUAGCUCGUGGUGCAACACUGGAGGAAGAUGAACAACACAAACUACAGCUACAAUACAGUGAAAAGGAUCAAGCUGAAAAUCUGAUGAUUGUUGAUCUUCUAAGAAACGACCUUGGUCGUGUGUGUGAGCCUGGCUCUGUUCAUGUGCCCCAUCUUAUGGAUGUGGAAUCAUAUGCUACUGUCCAUACUAUGGUGAGCACAAUUCGUGGGAAGAAGCGGUCGGAUGUAACUGCAGUUGACUGCGUGAGAGCCGCAUUUCCAGGUGGUUCAAUGACAGGUGCACCGAAACUGAGAUCAAUGGAACUUCUUGAUUCAAUUGAAAACAGUUCACGGGGAAUUUACUCCGGCUCCAUUGGGUUCUUCUCAUACAACCAGACAUUUGAUCUGAAUAUAGUUAUUAGAACUGUUGUUAUACACGAGGGUGAAGCUUCAAUAGGAGCAGGAGGAGCCAUUAUUGCUUUAUCAAAUCCUGAAGAUGAGUAUGACGAAAUGGUUUUGAAAACACAGGCUCCAGCAAAAGCUGUCAUGGAGUUUCUGUAG